AGAGGGAAAGAAAGAACAACGAUCAUAAUAUGUAGUUACGUUACCAGUUUUACCGCGCGAGCUGAUAUUACCACGCUGAUAUUGGCGCGAAAAUCAAACGCCAGAGUCGACUGUUUAUUUUGUGUCAAGGUUUUGAUCGUUUCUGUGCUCUGUGAAAGCAGACCGAUGUUUUGUAGCAGCACUGAAGAGGUGACCCCGGGUUCGAGCUCUGAGGCCGGGCCGAGCAGCAGCACUUUAACCCCACACAACCUGAUCGGCUACAGCCAUGUAACCUGUAGACCACAGGAUCCUCCGUCGUCUUCUGGCCUGCUGACUUCACACAGAUCGGAUGAUGUCAGGAACCGUGUGUGUCCAGGAUCAAGCACUGCGACUGAUACUGCUGCUCUGACAGCUGUGUUCACAGACACCACACCGACCGGAGCUCAGCGCCUGAUAAACAUCAGUGGAAGAGCAGACAGGAUCAGCUCUUCUGUGGGUUCAUCUGUCCACUCCUGGAGCUCCAGCACUCCACAUCUGAGGGCCACGCCUGCACUCUCACUGCAUGGACGAACCCCUCAGAGAGACCUCAACAUGACAACGUCUUCAUCUGCGUCUGCAUCUCAUGCGGCCUCUGUGAUCGUGGCUGUGGUGGAGGGACGUGGUUUAGCUCGGGGGGAGAUUGGCAUGGCCAGUAUCAAUGUGAGAUGCCCAGAGCUGGUUCUCUCACAGUUUGCAGACACUGGAACUUAUGCCAAGGUUAUUACCAAGCUGCAUAACCUGAUGCCUCUUGAGAUUCUGAUGCCAGACACGGCUAGUGUGAGAGGACAAGGAACCAAACUCUACACCCUCAUCACAGAGACUUUCCCGUCAGUCACAUUCACUGCAGUUCUGAGGAAGUACUUCAAUGAGAAGAAGGGCCUGGAGUACAUACAGCAGCUCUGUGUCCCUGAGUUCUGCACUGUCCUGAUGGAGGUGCAGACCAAAUACUACUGCCUGGCUUCUGCAUCUGCCCUACUAAAAUACUUUGAGUUUGUUCAGAACUCAAUAUAUGCUCCUAAGUCACUGAAAGUGAUCUUCACCGGCAGUGAGCAGACAGCCAUGAUUGAUGCAAUAUCAGCAAGCAACCUGGAGCUAGUAGUUAACCACAGAGAUCACAGAAGUAAAAACACUCUGUUUGGGGUCUUGAACUACACUAAGACUGCUGGUGGGGAGCGACGGUUACGCUCUAAUAUUCUUGAGCCCCUGCUGGAUGUGGUCACUAUCAACUCACGCCUGGACACCAUACAGGAGCUGCUGCAAAAUGAGGAGCUCUUCUUUGGUCUGAAGAAUGCCAUUGCACACUUCCUGGAUAUAGAUGAUCUGCUGUCUGCUCUUAUUCAGGUCCCAAAGCAAGAGACGAUACCAGUGGCUGAAGCAAAAAUAAUGCAAGUAAUUCAGCUGAAGCACACUUUGGAACUCGUCCCAUCAUUGAAGGCGAUGCUGUCACAUUCCAAAACAGCCUUGUUGGAAGCAUAUUACACCUCACUUGAUGACUGCAGGUUCAACAGCAUUCUGGAUCAAAUCAAAUCACUGAUUAAUGAUGACACCAGCUACAUGAAAGGCAGCUUGACCAUGCGCACACAGAAGUGCUAUGCUGUGCGACCCAAUGUCAGUGAAUUUUUGGAUAUUGCGAGGCGAGCCUACACAGAAGUGGUAGAUGACAUAGCAGGAUUGGUGGCUCAGCUUGGAGAGAAGUACAGCCUACCCCUCCGGACAAGUUUCAGCAACACACGUGGCUUCUUUAUUCAAAUGAAGCUGGAGGGUGGGGUCUUACCUGGGGGGAAGUUACCAGAGGAGUUCAUCAAAGUGACCAAACAUAAGAACAACUAUGGGUUCACCACUGUAGACCUCAUGAAAAUGAAUGACCACAGUGAGGAGGCUUUGAAAGACAUUUUCCACAUGUCUUAUGUGGUGGUGUCGAGGUUACUGAGUGAUGUCUGUGAACACAUCCACUGCCUGUACAAACUGUCCGAUGCUGUGUCAAUGCUGGACAUGCUGCUUUCUUUGGCUCACGCUUGCACUGUCUCAGAUUACGUGCGUCCUGAAUUCACUGAUACGUUGGCAAUAAAGCAGGGUCGCCACCCAAUCCUGGAACGCAUUUCUGGGCAACAACAAAUCUCUAACGACAUCUACAUCUCUGAGGGAAGCAAUUUUGUGAUCAUAACAGGCCCCAACAUGAGUGGCAAGUCCACCUACCUUAAACAGGUGGCCCUCUGCCAGAUAAUGGCUCAGAUAGGGUCCUUUCUGCCAGCGGAAUAUGCCUCUGUUCGAAUUGCAGAUCAGAUGUUCACCAGAAUAGGAGUAGACGAUGACUUUGAGACCAACUCCUCCACAUUUAUGGUUGAGAUGAAAGAGGUUUCUUACAUCAUCCACAAUGCAAGCGCCAAGUCACUCAUCAUUAUUGAUGAGCUGGGGCGAGGCACCAGUCCCGAGGAAGGCAUUGGCAUCUGCCACAGUGUCUGUGAAUUCCUCAUCAAUCUUAAGGCCUUCACACUCUUUGCCACACACUUCCUCGAGCUCUGCCAGCUGCAAACCCUUUACCCCAAUGUGGAGAACCAGCACAUGCAGGUUCAGCACGUCCGCACUGAAGACGGCAGAGACAGGGUCAUCUACACAUACCAGCUCAGUCGAGGCCAAUCAGAUGAGCGCAACUAUGGUAUAAGAGCAGCGGAGAUGACCAAUUUCCCGUCAGACAUUACUGAGGAAGCCAAAACUGUCGCAGCUAAAAUCAACCAAAAGCUGUGGGCCAAGCAUUACAGUGAUCCUGACACGGUCAAACAGAGGGCAGUCUAUCGUCUAGCCACCAGACUGCUGCAGACGGCCCGUAACUCACGGCUGGAUCCAGAGAGCCUACGCCAAUACCUGAAGGGGUUGAAGAGACAGUAUGAGGCUGAACUUCAAAGUGCUACAGAGUCGGUAGAAAAUGAGGAAUAGGGAAUGGGAUGGUGGGGCUGGAAUAUAAGGGAUGGAUUUCACCUGUUUGAGAAAAACUGACAAAAUACACUUGUUGAACAAAGCCAGGGAGAUACACCAGACCAUACAUAAAUCUAAGUGUUUAUUUAUUUAUAAAAGCAACUUAUUUUCACAGAUCAUCAUUUAUUGUUUGUUUAGUCUUAAGUGAGACCAAAACCAUAUGAGGUGCAUGUGUUCUACUUUUGAGGUGUUAUAAACUGUUAUUUAAAUAAACAUAUGGGAUGGUAA